UCCUUAGCAAUAACUGUAGUUCACCACUACCAGACUUAUUCAGGGUAUUCUUGUGCUUGUUAUACAAAAGUUUUACAGAAAAACAUUGAAUAAUUAAAGACCCAGGCUAUACUGGAGGAAGGUAUCAUUCUCCAGAGAGGAGAGAUGGCACCUCUCUCUGAGGAAUAGCAUCUUGUGGUGGUCUAACUUCCUGAAACAUAGCUGAAGCGGCCUCCAGUGAAUGGAGUCUGAGAAUCCUAAGGCUGCUUAAGUGUGAGUUCUCCUGUAUUUUUGCUGGAUAAGACUGGACCAGCAAUUCUAACUCUUAAUUUUAGGUUUUUCAUCUGAGAAUGGGGAGAAGAAUGUUUCACGAGGUUGUUACGAAGAUUGAGGAGCUAACAUCAUACCUGGAGCAUGAUAAAUGUUGAAAACUGAAGGGAAAAAUGUUGCAUCCCAUCUAAAGAAGAGAGGACCUGUGAAGUAUAAUGUCCUGCAAAUAGAGAACUGCAGUUAAAUCAGGAAACAAUGAUCUGCCAUUCACCCAGUGAGUGUUUCUGGAUGCCAGUUUCUCACCUGUCCUAGAAGGAAGUUCCAUUAGGUGAGUCUUUACAGAAGAAAAAAAAAUCAAUUUUUAAAAAUGCUAAAAGAUGAGAAGGAAGUAAAUGCUUUGACCACCUGCACCAAUGUAAAUACUCAGCUGGACUUUACAGAGAAAUACAAAAGCACAGUUAAGUGAAGGAUGACUGUCAAAAGCGAUGGCUGGGAACCCCGGUGGCAACUCAGGAUAUUUGCCUGCACCAUUGACAAAAGUGACUUCCCACGCUUUGCCCACAGAGGGCAUCCCUGCUCAUUGAUAUGUAGACCAGGCGAAUGCAGCUGCUGGAAGCCUCCAUCGACCACUCUCUCUCUCUUUUUUUUUUCACCGUCAUCUCUCUGCCCCCACCCCCUUUCCUGUGGAAUAUCUGCCUGAUCCAGUUCAUUUCCCUCCGGUCUCCACAUUUUCCCUUUCAGCCCUCCACUUCUCCGGAUCAAUGGAUAGUAAGGCUCCAACUCCCCAGCUCACACACCGCUGGCGGACACCCUAGUAACAAGUGAGAGCGCUCCACCCCGCAGUGCACCCCCACCUCCGCCUCUUCUAGCUAGGUCCCAGGGCUCCAGGAGGAAAAAAAAAUCAGCAGCAAUCUUACCUCUUGUGCAGAUUUUUCUGUUCAACUUUAUGUAGCUGAGGACCUGGCACCAGCCUCAACCUUUUCAUGCAAGGCGAAGCCACGGGAUUGUGCCUCAGCUCCUUCUGCUCCCUCCUGGAUAUUCUGUUUAUUGAUGACUAGCAAGCCCCACGGAGAGCUGGCUUCUCUCGCUCGGUUUCCUUGAGUUAGUUUUCUACGGUUUGGCCGUGGUUCGGGAUCUCUUGGACCGAAUGGAACUUUUUGCUGCCUCUUUUUGCUGCUGAUUCUGUCAGUGGACCAGGAAAAAGGCUUCUGAGGCAGAAGAGGCUCAGGGGAGGUGGAGGAAGAGGACGACGAGGAGGAGGAAGACGAGAACAAGGAGGAGGAAGCCAAGGGGCUUAGAGCGUGUGUGUGUGUGUGUGUGUGUGUGUGUGUGUGUGUGUGUGUGUGUGUGAGUGCAUGUGUGUGAGUGCUGCCACUGCCAAGGACCCCCGGCCCGGAAGGUGUUGGCUGAAAUAUGGAGAAUAGUCUUGGAUGUGUUUGGGUACCCAAGCUGGCUUUUGUACUGUUCGGAGCUACCCUGCUCACGGCACAUCUUCAAGUCUCCGGUUUUCAAAUUAAAGCUUUCACAUCUCUGCACUUCCUGUCAGAACCUUCUGAUGCUGUCACGAUGCGGGGAGGCAAUGUCCUCCUAAACUGCUCUGCAGAAUCUGACCGAGGAGUUCCAGUUAUCAAAUGGAAGAAAGAUGGGAUCCAUCUAGCCUUGGGAAUGGAUGAAAGGAAACAACAACUUCCAAAUGGGUCUCUGUUGAUACAAAACAUACUUCACUCCAGACACCAUAAACCAGAUGAGGGGCUUUACCAAUGUGAGGCAUCUUUAGGAGAUUCUGGGACAAUUAUCAGCCGGACAGCAAAAGUUGCAGUGGCAGGACCACUGAGGUUCCUUUCCCAGACAGAAUCUGUCACAGCCUUCAUGGGAGACACCGUGCUACUCAAGUGUGAAGUCAUUGGGGAACCUAUGCCAACAAUACACUGGCAGAAAAAUCAACAAGACCUGACUCCAAUCCCUGGAGACUCCAGAGUGGUGAUACUGCCUUCUGGGGCCUUGCAAAUCAGCAGACUUCAACCUGGGGACAUUGGAAUCUACAGAUGUUUAGCUAGGAAUCCAUCCAGUGCAAGAACAGGAAAUGAAGCAGAAGUGAGAAUCUUAUCAGAUCCAGGACUGCAUAGGCAGCUGUAUUUUCUGCAAAGACCAUCCAAUGUAAUAGCUAUUGAAGGAAAAGAUGCUGUUCUGGAGUGCUGUGUUUCUGGCUAUCCUCCUCCAAGUUUUACCUGGUUACGAGGAGAGGAAGUCAUCCAACUCAGGUCCAGAAAGUAUUCUUUAUUGGGUGGAAGCAACUUGCUUAUCUCCAAUGUGACAGAUGAUGACAGUGGAACUUACACGUGUGUUGUCACAUAUAAAAAUGAGAAUAUUAGUGCCUCUGCAGAGCUCACAGUAUUGGUUCCGCCAUGGUUUUUAAAUCACCCUUCCAACCUCUAUGCCUAUGAAAGCAUGGAUAUUGAGUUUGAAUGUACAGUUUCUGGAAAGCCUGUGCCCACUGUGAAUUGGAUGAAGAAUGGAGAUGUGGUCAUUCCUAGUGAUUAUUUUCAGAUAGUGGGAGGAAGUAAUUUACGAAUCCUUGGAGUGGUGAAGGCUGAUGAAGGCUUUUAUCAAUGUGUGGCUGAAAAUGAAGCUGGAAAUGCUCAGGCCAGUGCUCAACUCAUUGUUCCUAAGCCAGCUUUCCCCAGCUCCAAUGUCCUCCCUUCUGCUCCCAGAGAUGUGGUCCCUGUGUUGGUUUCCAGUCGGUUUGUUCGUCUCAGCUGGCGCCCACCUGCAGAAGCAAGAGGAAACAUUCAAACGUUCUCUGUCUUUUUCUCUAGAGAAGGUGACAACAGGGAACGAGCAUUGAAUACAUCCCAACAUGGGUCUCUUCAGCUUACUGUGGGAAACUUGAAACCAGAAGCCAUGUAUACCUUCCGAGUUGUGGCCUACAAUGAGUGGGGACCGGGGGAGAGUUCUCAGUCAAUCAAAGUGGCCACUCAGCCUGAAUUGCAAGUUCCAGGGCCAGUUGAAAAUCUGCAAGCUAUAGCUACCUCACCUACCUCAAUUCUUAUUACCUGGGAAGCCCCUGCCUAUGCAAAUGGUCCUGUCCAAGGAUACAGAUUGUUCUGCACUGAGGCAUCCACUGGGAAGGAACAGAAUAUAGAGGUUGAUGGGCUGUCUUAUAAGCUGGAAGGCCUGAAGAAAUUCACAGAAUAUACUCUGCGAUUCCUAGCUUAUAACCGCUAUGGGCCAGGAGUAUCUACUGAAGACAUAACAGUAGUUACACUUUCUGAUGUGCCAAGUGCUCCACCUCAGAAUGUUUCCCUGGAAGUAGUUAAUUCAAGGAGUAUCAAAGUGAGCUGGUUGCCUCCUCCAUCAGGAACACAAAAUGGAUUUAUAACUGGCUAUAAAAUUCGACACAGGAAGACGACCCGCAGAGGUGAAAUGGAAACACUGGAACCGAACAACCUCUGGUACCUGUUCACAGGACUGGAGAAAGGAAGCCAGUACAGUUUUCAAGUGUCAGCCAUGACUGUCAAUGGCACUGGACCUCCUUCCAAUUGGUACACUGCGGAGACUCCAGAGAAUGAUCUAGAUGAGUCUCAAGUUCCUGACCAGCCAAGCUCUCUUCAUGUGAGACCUCAGACCAACUGCAUUAUCAUGAGCUGGACUCCCCCCUUGAACCCAAACAUUGUGGUGCGAGGCUACAUUAUUGGUUACGGAGUUGGGAGCCCUUAUGCAGAGACAGUGCGUGUUGACAGCAAACAGCGGUAUUAUUCUAUUGAGAGGCUAGAGUCAAGUUCCCAUUAUGUAAUCUCCCUAAAAGCUUUCAACAAUGCAGGAGAAGGAGUUCCUCUUUAUGAAAGUGCCACCACCAGAUCCAUAACAGACCCCACUGACCCAGUUGAUUAUUAUCCUUUGCUUGAUGAUUUCCCCACCUCCGUCCCAGAUGUCUCCACCCCCAUGCUCCCACCAGUAGGUGUACAGGCUGUGGCUCUUACCCAUGAUGCUGUGAGGGUCAGCUGGGCAGACAACUCUGUCCCUAAGAAUCAAAAAACAUCUGAAGUGCGACUUUACACCGUCCGGUGGAGGACCAGCUUUUCUGCAAAUGCGAAAUACAAGUCAGAAGACACAACAUCUCUGAGUUACACAGCUACAGGUCUCAAGCCAAACACAAUGUAUGAGUUCUCAGUCAUGGUAACGAAAAACAGAAGAUCAAGCACAUGGAGCAUGACUGCACAUGCUACCACAUACGAAGCAGCCCCGACCUCUGCUCCCAAAGAUCUGACAGUCAUUACUCGAGAAGGGAAACCUCGGGCUGUCAUUGUGAGCUGGCAACCACCCUUGGAAGCCAAUGGGAAAAUUACUGCUUACAUCUUGUUUUAUACAUUGGAUAAGAACAUACCAAUUGAUGACUGGAUUAUGGAGACAAUCAGCGGUGAUCGUCUUACUCAUCAAAUCAUGGACCUCAACCUUGAUACUAUGUAUUAUUUUCGAAUACAAGCACGAAAUUCAAAAGGAGUGGGUCCUCUCUCUGAUCCCAUUCUCUUCAGGACUCUGAAAGUGGAACACCCUGACAAAAUGGCUAAUGACCAAGGUCGGCAUGGAGAUGGAGGCUACUGGCCUGUUGAUACUAAUCUGAUUGAUAGAAGCACUCUCAAUGAGCCACCUAUUGGUCAGAUGCACCCCCCACAUGGCAGUGUCACACCUCAGAAGAACAGCAACCUACUGGUGAUCAUUGUGGUCACCAUUGGCAUCAUCACAGUGCUAGUGGUGGCAGUUGUGGCUGUGAUUUGCACCCGACGCUCCUCUGCUCAGCAAAGAAAGAAACGGGCUACCCAUAGCGCUGGCAAGAGGAAGGGCAGCCAGAAGGACCUUCGGCCCCCAGACCUUUGGAUACAUCAUGAAGAAAUGGAGAUGAAAAAUAUCGAGAAGCCAUCAGUCACUGAUCCUGCAGGAAGGGACUCCCCCAUGCAGAGUUGCCAAGACCUCACACCAGUCAGUCACAGCCAGUCAGAAACCCAAUUGGGCAGCAAAAGCACCUCUCAUUCAGGUCAAGACACUGAAGAAGCAGGGAGCUCCAUGUCCACUCUCGAGAGAUCACUGGCUGCACGCCGAGCCACCCGGGCCAAACUCAUGAUCCCUAUGGAAGCCCAGUCCAAUAAUCCUGCAGUUGUGAGUGCCAUCCCUGUGCCAACCCUUGAAAGUGCACAGUACCCAGGAAUCCUUCCAUCUCCCACAUGUGGAUAUCCCCACCCACAAUUCACCCUCCGACCUGUGCCAUUUCCAACAUUGUCUGUAGACCGGAGUUUUGGAGCAGGCAAAUCAGUAAGUGAAGGACCAACCACUCAACAGCCAUCCAUAAUGCCCCCAGCUCCGCCUGAGCAUCCUGGCAGUGAGGAAGCACCAAGCAGAACCAUCCCCACGGCCUGUGUGCGACCAACUCAUCCACUCCGCAGCUUUGCUAAUCCUUUGCUACCUCCACCAAUGAGUGCAAUAGAACCGAAAGUCCCUUACACACCACUUUUGUCUCAGCCAGGGCCCACUCUUCCCAAGACUCAUGUUAAGACAGCUUCUCUUGGGUUAGCUGGAAAAGCGAGAUCUCCUUUGCUUCCUGUAUCUGUGCCAACAGCCCCUGAAGUAUCUGAGGAGAGCCACAAAACAACAGAGGACCCAGCCAAUGUAUACGAACAGGAUGAUUUAAGUGAACAAAUGGCAAGUUUGGAAGGGCUAAUGAAGCAACUGAAUGCCAUCACAGGCUCGGCCUUUUAACACAUUACUGAAUUGAUGAUGUGAAAUUUCUGGGGACUUUGCAGCAUACCAAUUCUCCAUAAACAGCACACCUGUGUCCAAGAACUCUAGCCAGUGUACAGGUCAACGUCAAGAUCACUCAGUUAUGGAAGAUGCUGAAGCAGUUCAGAAAGAAUGAACAUCCCUUCUUUCAUAGCAUCAGGGAUUUUAAAAUGAUGACUGUGGGUGUCCCUAAACAAAAGCUAACAUAUGUCUUCAUGGCAAUGUCAAGAUUGAAGCUGCUAGAAUAGCCCUGGGUCAUUACCAGUGCAGUGACCACACUGUCAUGAGCGAUGCCUGUUUCCCUCGAUCAAGACCUGUCAUUUUCUUUAUGUGUAGUUCUAGUGUCACAAAAGGCAAGUGCAUUAUUGAAGCCUG